AUGCAACACAAGUGAGCAUUCAUGAGGGCCGGGUCCUCCAUGAGUAAAAACCAAGCAAUUUCCCAAGUUUCUUCCUUUUUCUCUCAUGGACGUGGUCCAUGCCCAUCUAACCACCAUGUAUAACAUGCUCAUGUCCGUCCAUGCAUGGUGACCUUUGUCAGCAUACUUGGUGUGGGGGUUAGAUCUAUAUUUAGUGUAGGAGUGCAAAAAGAGGGGCAGUUCCAGUCCUGGCAAUGGGUCACCACUGCUGCAGCAAGCAGAAGGUCAAGAGAGGCCUGUGGUCUCCUGAGGAAGAUGAGAAACUCGUCAAAUACAUCACUACCCAUGGCCAUGGCUGCUGGAGCUCUGUCCCAAAACAAGCAGGCCUGCAGAGGUGUGGAAAGAGCUGCAGGCUGAGGUGGAUCAAUUACCUGAGACCUGACCUCAAGAGGGGGUCCUUCUCAGCACAAGAAGAAAGGAUCAUCAUAGAUGUGCACAGGAUUCUAGGCAACAGGUGGGCUCAGAUAGCGAAGCAUCUUCCUGGGAGGACAGACAAUGAGGUGAAGAACUUCUGGAAUUCAUGCAUAAAGAAGAAACUGAUUGCCCAGGGUUUGGAUCCCAAGACCCACAACCUAAUCCCCACUGCUCGCCCUAAUAAUAGCAUCAAUUCAGCGAACAUCUCUCAGUUCCACCACCCCCACUCAUCAACCACACCCUUCACUAUCAGUUCCCCCAAUAAGAGCUUUGAGACAGCAACCCCAAUGGACAUGAACCCUCCUUUGGUCACAGUACCUCCCCCACCCACUCUUCCCUUGCAUGAGACAAUACCUAUCUCCACCUUCCAAUACCAAGAUGCCAACGUCUUGAUGAGCUUCAAAGAUCAAAAUUGCCACACUUCAAUAGACUUCACCCAUGGUUCUUCUUCUUUAGAUCAGACAAACAUGUCCUCUUCUUCAUUCCAUCAGCCUGGAUUUAUGGAUGAUUGCAUGUGGGCUAGUACUGUUGAGCCACUGGAAGCCCCAAGGCAAAAUGAGGUAGAAUUCCAACAAGGGCAAGGCCAAGCGCAACCACUGGCGUGCAAGAUGGACUUCGAUGGGCCCAAUGAGGAGAAGGGGCUAGAGAUGGAGAGCUCCUACAACAGUUCCACCUUCGAUAUCGAGCUCAUGGAAUCUGCACUAAUGCCUUCUGGAAUCUUUUGCGGUGGGAGCUCAAUUGAGCAACUGCAGUGGGAUUGCUAGGUCUCCUCUCUCUUCUACUUUUUCUUUUUUUAAUUUUAGCUGCAAGACAGGCAGGAUGAGGCAGUUUGAGCCAGAAAUAACAAUUGGAGAGGUGAUCAGGAAGUGCAUUCCAUUGCAAAGCAUCUUUUGAAGUUGCCUGAUGUCCCCCCUAAAUGUUCAUGAGUAGUACUUUCCAUGGACUUGAUCAAUUCCAAGUUCUCACAUUAAUUUUCUUCCAUUCCAUGCA